AUGGUUAAAUCGCGUACGAAAAAUGAUCCUAGCUAUGAAGGGAGGCUUUCUCUUGCUAUUGAUGCUCUAAAUAACGAAAAAAUCACGAAAUUACGCGACGCCGCACGCACUUUUGACGUAUCUUUAACAACACUGCGAAGGCGCCUGAAGGGCUCAGUUCCAGCGCAUAAUGCCGGUAUUACACGCAGAAAGAUGACCCCUACAGAAGAAGCUGUACUCCGGGGUUGGGUCUUCUCACUAGAGCGCCGUGGCGUUCCGCCUAGGCAGCAUAUGCUCCAUGAAAUGGCAAAUAUUUUGCUAGCUCAAAGAGAUCCUACCAAAAUACCUGAGAAGGUUGGUAAGAAUUGGGUAACAACCUUUCUUAAGCGACAACCGGAUCUCAAGGCUAAAUUCGCACGCCGAUUAUCCUAUUCUAGAGCUCUUUGUGAGGAUCCAGUCGUUAUUGGUGGCUUUUUUGAGGAGAUUAAGCAGCUCAAAGAGGAAUAUGGGAUUGCCGAUGAAGAUAUAUACAACUUUGACGAGACAGGGUUCGCCAUGGGGAUCUCUUCUACAGCAAAAGUUAUAUGCAGCUCAGAUCGUUCAGGAAAACCUAGCCUCAUUCAGCCAGGAAAUCGUGAAUGGGUUACUGUUGUUGAGUGCGUUGGAAGCACCGGCACUGUGGUGCCUCCCCUGAUUAUAUUCAAAUCCGGCACCACAGAGCUGAGUGUUGGUACCUAUCGGCUUUUGAUACUUGAUGGCCAUAGCAGCCAUUUAACACCGGGAUUUGAUCAGGCAUUGUUGAAGCGCUUGUACGGGGCCGCCGUUGAGAGCCGGAUUCGGAUUGGGAUUUACCAUGUUGAUAAGCUGGAUUUCUUAGAUAUGCUUUACAGCGUACGGAUCCAAACUUAUACCACACAAAAUAUUAAGAGCGGCUUUUCACACACUGGGAUUGUGCCAUAUAACCCACAAAAAGUCCUAUCUCAGUUGCAAAUUGCUGUCCGGGAGGCUACUCCAGCCUCAAUUCGCCCUAGCACGUCAAGCAGCAGCACCUGGAGCCCAAAAACGCCUUACAAUGCCCGUACGCUAGAAAAACAGGCCAAAUCUGUCAAGAGAUCUCUCAAUAUGGGAGAUUUAGACAGCAAUUCGCCAUCGUGUCCGGCUUUUAACCAGUUGAUCAAGGGAUCCCUUGUAGUGAUGCACCAAGCUGCCAUUUUAGCUAGGGAGAACCAUAACCUACGCGAAGCAAAUGAUAUUUUACAGAAGCGCCGCACUCGCCGUACAAAAGCCCUACAAGCCGAUGGUAUUUUGACAGUCGCUGAAGGCCGAGAGCUUGCUCAGGAGCUUCCUGAAGAGGCUCAACCCCCUCCUCCACCCAACGGGAGCGCGCCUUUGCAGCCAGCUCAACGGGCCCCCCCAAGUUCUUUGAACCAAGUGGGAUGCGGCUGUGCCACUUACCCGGGUGCGCCGUUUACCCAUGAAACACGUUAUUAA